CCACACACACACCUUUUUUAAAGAGGGUUAGAUACAUUCAUUAUUCACUAUGGACGCAAACAUGCAGGACCAGGUUCAAGCACACGCCGAGAACAUUGAGGAAGCCAUCACACAGGCAGCGAAGGUUGUCUCGGCAACGGUAGCACCUGUUGCUGAGAAGAUCGUGGAAGCCACUACCGCGCCGGUACUGGAGAAGGUACAGGCGACAUCAGAUGCUUUCACAGACCAGGUCAAAGGCUUUGACUACCAACCGUACCUAGAUCAUGCGUACGAUGCAUAUGAGCAGUUUGUGCCGUACGUAGAGAGUGUGUCCGGCCAGGUAUACAAUGGCUAUGUGAGCGCAGCUGGGGAGAUGCACAAGUUUGUGGAAACCAGCACGGAACAGGCGAGACUUUUUGCUGACCACAUCGAACUGGAGGACAAUCUGCACUUAGCUCGACAAAAUGCGUACAAGGCAUACGAACGCUCAUACGAAGCUGCGAUAAAAUCCAGUGAGGUUUUGGAUGAGUACCUUGUUUCAUCCCGUGCGCAACUACAAGACUACGAUCACGUGAUUCCUCUAGGGUUCCUUCCGGCGGAGCACGAACGAUACGAGCCAUUGGUACUGCUGGGAAGUGUGAUGAUGGCUUUGACGAUCAUCACAUGGGCUGUUGCUGGCACCGCUACCCCGAUUCAAAAUACAGGAGCUGUAGAUAACACAGAAGAUAUCACCACAGAUGCAAAUGACGAUGCGAUGCCCACACCCAUGAGCACGGAGGAGGCCGCCGAAAGGCUCGCCGCUGAUAGGUCAGUACUCAAUAUGAGUUUGAAUCGAUCCUCAAUGAACGACUCUUUCAAUGCGAGUGGCAUGAUGGACAUUCCCAUUCACGAAAACAAGGAGAACUCGUUUAUUAAACCUGCCAAUGUGUCAGUCAUGGGUCAGUCAAACAACACCAGCCUACUUUCCAAGAGUAACAACAACUCCAUGAUGGAGAAGUCCCUCCCUCUGGGGGUUAAGAGUGUGGAUUCAUCCUUCCACAACAAUAACAACAGAUCUCAAUUGAACGAGUCAUUUGCGGCCAAGUCCAACAAUACAUCAUUUGCACUUGGACCCCAGUCCACGAACGCAUCUAUGAUAGAGAAGGAUCUUGAUACUAGCAAAACGCUCGAUGCGAGCUCGGGGAACAUCGGCCAAACAGCUUAAUGUCAGACUUCAAGAUGGCUACUACUACCUGAAUCGGAAUUGAAAACCCCUAAUCCGGUCUGAGUGCGAAGAUUUGCAAAUGACCCCAGAAUUUAAAGACAGCCGCGUCUAUGUGGCGUAUGCACGGCAAUAUUUUAAAAACGAUUAUGAAAAUAAACCGAAGUAAGUGUAUGCAUCCAG